UUAACAAGUACCCACCCUUUUGUCUCAGUACCGUGAUUUUUCCAUAAACCCCUUGAUCCACAGUUUAUUGAAAUAAAUUCAAACAUCUCAUCGAUAAAUGAAUUUGUGGUGUUUGGUGUCAAGUGUUAUGUGCUGUUGAUUACCUGAAUCUACAACUGUAUAAAAAAAUGCCACGAGCUUUUUUAAUCACUCACAGGAGGUACAACGGACCUGAGGAGUUUGAGGAAAAUAUCAGAGGUUUUAGUCCUGAACGAGGUGUGAGGAUCCCCGAGUACAAUUCUAAUCAGCCAACCUCGGACGGUGUGAGUGAUUGCGCCAGUGAGACGUCAUCAGAAUGCCCCGAGGAACUCUACAACUUGACGAAAUUGGCAGAAGUCAGUUUGGCAGCUGCCGCUGGUACUCUAAUUCAUCCGAGCAAUGUUAUUCACCAUCGUUCAGCGUCACCACGUUGGACAGCUGACAUGAAGGAUCUAGACAAGUACAGAGUUAUCUCGGAGGAGACAGCGAGCCUGCGUCAGGGAAUUCACAUCGGCGAGGCCUCUGAUUUGAGCCUGAGAGAACGAACGCGAUUAUUUUUCGAGAGAAUCGAGAGCGAGAGGGAGCUUUUGGAAGCUAGAAGCCGUCGGACUUGUUUGAGAUCUCCACAGUUGUCGGAAGAAUCCAGAAGAAUACUGAGUAAUCAACCCCAGAGCCCCCCCGUGCGAAGAAUUUCUUCGGUACAAUCGGACUCUUCUAAAACUGAUGACGCUGAGGAGCACGAGUGUCCUGACUGCGGGAAGAAAUACUCAACGUCCUCAAAUCUCGCGAGACAUAGACAAACGCAUCGCUCGCUUGCGGACAAAAAGGCGAGGAGGUGCCCCCAUUGUGACAAAGUUUAUGUCAGCAUGCCGGCAUACAGCAUGCAUGUGAGGACGCACAAUCAAGGGUGCAAGUGUCAUUACUGUGGUAAAUGCUUCUCGAGACCGUGGCUGCUGCAGGGACACAUCAGAACACACACGGGUGAGAAACCCUUCAAAUGCACAAUCUGUAAUAAAGCCUUUGCCGACAAAUCAAACCUCCGCGCUCACGUCCAAACGCACUCCAACACGAAGCCCCACGUUUGUGGAAGAUGUGGGAAAGCCUUCGCCCUGAAGUCGUACCUCUACAAACACGAGGAAUCAUCCUGCAUGCGCUCCCACCAGCGCUCUAUCACCGAGACUAAAGAAGAUGUGAAAAUUGCCACAUCGACAGUUCCAACAUCCUCACCAAUCAGUGUUAUUGUGUCUCGACCAGCAGUAAUCGAGACCUCCUCAUCACCCGUGAUAUUUUCGAACAUAAUUCGACACACGAAAACGAGCCAACCGAUCACAAUACCAUCGCCCCAACCGAAACGACAGUAUCGAGAGAUUCAGGAGGAUAAACAGUCGGAUAUGAUGACGCGAAUGGUCAUCAGGACAUCAGUGAUUUCAUCGAAUCCAGAACAUGUGCCUGGGCGUGUACCAGUUGGUAAAUCAUCGGCCCUCGAUUUUUCCGAUCCAACGAGGGCCUCGGCAUUCACGAGGCCCAGUGGAAUCAGUCUGAAUCUUGCCAUUGCUUAGAAAAUAUGUAGGGAAAUAACUCUCAACUCGAUUCCAAGCGCAGGAAGUGAAUGCUUUUUUCACUAAUUUAAGGGGAGACUACUGUGAGUUUCAAAAGUCGCGCGCCAUUGGAGUGAAAUUUCUCACCCAUUGAAGAUCGAUUAUACAUGUUCAAAAAUCAAUACUUGGCGCAAAACAAAAUUGUUUCUUGUUGGUUUGCCCACAGACGCUUAAAAUGUUAAAAACAUUGCAGGGCCUCCAAUUUUUGAGCUACAGAAGUUUUUUUUUC